AUGUUUUAUUUCGCUUACAAUGGCUAUGUACACCAUGCAUACCCCCACGAUGAACUUCGACCUCUGACAUGUGAUGGAGUGAAUACAUGGGGAAACUAUUCUUUGACUCUCGUGGAUGCAUUAGACACACUCGGAGUUAUGGGGAACAACACAGAAUUUCAAAGAGUUGCGAAUGUUGUUGCUGAAACUCUCAAUCCCAAUAAAGAUGUCAAUGUUUCAGUAUUCGAAACUAAUAUCAGAGUUAUCGGUGGUCUUCUCUCUGCUCAUCUAAUGUCAAGACAUAUGGGAGUUGCAGUUGAAGAUGACUGGCCAUGUAAUGGUCCACUACUGAGACUAGCAGAAAGAUUUGCACAAAAGUUAUUACCAGCAUUCAACACACCAACAGGGAUGCCUUAUGGUACAGUAAAUUUAUUGCAUGGAGUUGAUCCUAAUGAAACACCGGAGACUUGUACUGCAGCUGUUGGAACUUACAUUGUAGAGUUUGGCACUUUAUCAAGAUUGACUGGGAAAAGUAUUUAUGAAAAUAAAGCCAUGAGAGCUAUGUUUAGUCUUCAUUCAAUGGCUUCUAAAAUUGGACUAGUUGGGAAUCAUAUAAAUGUACUGACUGGUGUAUGGACUGCAGUUGAUUCUGGUGUUGGUGCUGGUGUGGAUUCAUAUUUCGAAUACAUGGUGAAAGGAGCAAAUUUAUUAAGAAAUACAGAUUUAAUGACAAUGUUUAAAAAACAUAUGCCAUCAAUUGAAAAAUACAUUAAACAGGGUGACUGGUAUAUGUGGGUUAAUAUGAAAUCAGGAGCUGUAACAAUGCCAAUAUUCCAAUCAUUAGAAGCUUUCUGGCCAGGUCUUCAGACUAUGGUUGGAGACAUAGAGAACGCUUACAAGACGCUACUGAAUUAUUUUGAAGUUUGGAAUCAGUUCGGGAUGACCCCAGAGUUUUACAGCAUCACACAAAAAGCUCCAUACAAAUUGAGAGAAGGUUAUCCACUGCGCCCAGAAUUGAUCGAAAGUAUCUUAUACGUAUACAAAGCAACGAAAGAUCCUCUGCUAUUACAAAUGGGAAAACAAAUUCUUCAUGCUAUUGAAACAACGGCCAAGACAGAGUGUGGCUAUGCAACAAUAAAAGAUGUUCGAGAUCAUACUUUGGAAAAUAGGAUGGAAUCAUUUUUUCUUGCUGAAACUACUAAAUAUCUUUACCUUCUCUUCGAUCCUGAUAAUUUUUUACAUAAUACUGGAAAACAAGGUCAUGUUGUGACAAUGAAGGAUGGCAGCAAAUGUGUUGUGGAGGCUGGCGGUUAUAUCUUCAAUACAGAAGCUCAUCCAAUGGGUCCAGCAGCUUUGCACUGUUGCCAUAAAAGGCACGUUGAUGUAGAAGAAAUAACACAGUUCAUCAAAGAUCUUGAUGAAAAUUCCUAUUCUGAAAGAACUAGUAAAUUGAAAUACAAUCAUAAACGAAAACGCAAGUUCAAACAUAAUGUCUGGAAAAACAAAACUAUUGUAAAUAAUGAUUCAAGAUUAGUAUGCCCAGCGCCACCGCACCAUUUGAGGUUAAAUAUGUAUGGUGAAGUAUAUGUGGGAGAUUGAGCAUUAGAAUGCAUCUCGUAAACGAGCUUUUCAACUGGUAGUAUUUAUUUUAUUAAAAUUCCAACUGGUCCCCUGUUAUAAAUUGCAAUAUGAAUCAAAUCAAUUGUUCCUCGAUACAAAUGUGCAGUAAAUUGUCUUUUUUUUUGAAAACGUUCUUCCAUAAAUUAUUUCUAAAGAAGAGAAUAUAUUGUCUGUUCAACAUGAUUUCUGCCUGAUUUAAGACGCCGAACUGCUUUUUUUUAUUACUCUGUCAUAUAUGGUUUCGGAGUUCGGAUAGAUUUUUAUUUAAAAAGGGGGGUUGCAAGGGACCUGAACCAUGGUUUAGUUUUAGAGCUCCUGUUGACUGAUUUUUUACACUCAAAAUCGGAGUCUUAAGCUGGUGUUUCUGUUUUUUGUACGAAGACUGAUUUUUAAAAGAUGCUUAUUCACGCCUUUCGCUCAAAAAAAGGUCUAAUUACGGUAUAUAUAAAGGGCUAUUGUUAUUUGGCAUUGCCUAUCCAACUUAUCAAGCCCUGGCCAAGUUGGAAGGCAUAUGUUUUGAGCCCAAGACGUAUUAUUCGCGAUGCCAACACAGUAAGUUACCCCCUCGCUUCUGUCUUCGG